AUGAGUUCCCAUGUUGUUGUUGUCAACGCGGCGGCGAAGACGGUCAAGAUCCCGACUACGCCGGUCAAGUAUCUCACUGAAGUACGGGAUGAGGCUUGCAAGAAGUUCAAUGUUGGCGCUGAUCAGUUUACCUUGAAAUACAACAAUAAACCCAUCUCCCUCUCCCAACAAAUUCGGCUUGCCAACCUCCCCCAGGGCGCUCGUCUGGAACUCGUUCAGUCCUCACGCUCUCCCUCCGUAAUAUCAGUAGCCUUGCAACUCCCAGCAACAGAAAAGAAUGUCCGCUUGACACAGAAAUUCGCCAGUAAUACCUCAUUAUGGGAAAUGCUACGACACUUCGAGAGCGGUGAAGGUACUAACCACAACUUCACGCAGCGCGGCGUUCCUGAGAUGGACCCGAACGGAAAAUCUGGCUCUGGUAGAUUGAAUUAUGAGAUGCCUGUGAUUACGGUUAUGCCGGGUCAUCGCGAGCAGUCGAGCUUUGUAGGAUUGCAACAGACGUUGAGCCAACUAGGAUUCGAUAGCGGAUCUGCGCUCUUGCGACUUAAUUUCAAGAACAGCGGCACCCCACUCGAAGAGGCUAUGGCGGAGAUAUCACAGUACUUUAAGAGCGCGGAUUCUGCCCCAAGCAGUGCCCACGCGGAGAGCUCGGCGCAAGCUACUUCAUUACCGGGUCCGAGUACUGCUGCACCUGAACCCUCAGAGACAGUUGCUGGAGUACCUGCCAAGAGCAAACAGCCUGACCUAGAACCCAUGGAAGUCGACUCAACGCCCGCCCCAGAGCCAUCUCAAGAUCCCCUCUCCCCCCCACCCGGCGCGGCGGAAAACAUACCCCCAUCAUUACCUAGUCCUCCCGCUGCCUCCUCAUCCCACGCUGUGCACCCAACUCUAAACCGCAACAUCCAAAUCUUCUCCGCCCCCACCUCCUCCACUCCCCAAGCCGCCCGUCGCGGAUUCAACGAAAGCGACUACGAGCCCACCAUUGAGCACGCAAAGGCGCACCAAGCAGCACUCCAAGCCCGAACCCGCAACCAGCGCCUCCUCUCCGAUAAAGAGCUCGAAGAACAAGAAGCCUUACGCCUCGAAAAAGUCAACGCCGUCGCUCAAAAAGGAGGUUCCUUACGCAUCCGCCUGCCAGAUCAAACCAUGAUCCAAAUGGAUAUCAGCAAGCAAGACACAGCGGAAAUGCUCUACAGCUUCGUCUCCAGCUUCCUCGCUUACAAAGACCCGUUUCAGUUGAAAUAUGUGGGACCCAAGGGUGGCCAGGUUGGAAUAGACUGCGACCAUAAGCGGCUGAUCCAAGACCUGCGGUUUUCGGGAAGGGAGGUAUUAACGUUUGUUUGGGAUGAGAGGGCUAGUAAUGAGGCAAGGUUGUCGCGGAAGACAUUGAGCGAAGAGUGGCAGGAUAAGGCGAAGGUUCUAAAGGUCGAGGAACUGGUUGUAGAGAGCAGGUCUGAGCCGGUGAGCCAGAGCAAGACCGAGGGGAAGAAGAGGCUUGGUGGCGGAGGAGGUGGUGCGGAUAAGGAGAGUAAGUUGAAGAGCCUGCUCAAUAAGGGGCUUUUCAAACGAUAG